GCUAUAUAUAGUCUUAAGUGCGCCCAUACAUGGGGUGGAAGGGGAGCAGCGUUCCCCCUGUGAGAGGGUAAUAUUUGUGUAGAGCUUCCCAGGCGGCAUCAGGCUGGUCUUCCACCGCUUUGCGCUCUUUUAAUCCCUUUGGCUGUCCUGAGAGUGUUCCCGUCAUGGCUUCCAAAGUCACAGUUCGGUCUAAGAAGAGCCAGGUCAAAACCGAUUAUGCGUACCAUCACACUAAAUGCGUGCACAGCGUGCAGCAGACAGCAGCGAGGAAAUCAAGCUCUUAUUCGGGUAGCCAGGUGCAGGCCCAGGCCACGGAGGCUAUGGCGGAACCAGCCUACACCAUACCGGUGUUCCGGCAGAGGACUGCCGACGAGGGGACGGAGGAGUACCAGCGCGUCAGCACCAAUGUCGGCAAAGGACUGACCGUCAUCCAGGACGAGCUCCACAGGAUGAGGAUGGCCACCAAGGCCACGGUGGAGAGUCUCGCUCUCCAGAGAGAGGUCAAAGAGAUGAUGUACAGAAGGGUGGACACCUCAGAGGAGUUCCAGAGGAUGCCGGACUUCCUGGUGGCCCUGCGGCCUCACACCGUGUGGGAGAAGACCCCCGUCAAGCUGUUCUGCACCGUGGAGGGAACCCCGAAGCCGGUCGUCAAAUGGUACAAAGGAGGAGUGCCCGUCGACCCGCUGAGCGCCCCCGGAAAGUACAAGAUCGAAAACAAGUAUGGAGUCCACGGUUUGAUCAUUAGCAGGUGCGUUGUGAGCGAUACCGCCGAGUACAGCGCUGUGGCCACCAACCCGCACGGCUCGGCUACCAGCAAGGCGACCGUCACCGUGAAGAGACCGGCAGGAUCCGGGGAGUCCUGCCUGCUUGGGUUAGUGCCCCACCUGACGGAGAUCCACGCCAGUAAGCUGGAGGUCAGCCUCCUCGACCGCUUCUCCGUGAGCUUCGGGGUGGAGGGCGGCUCCAUCAGCCUGGCGUGCACCAUGGUGGUCGUCCCCGACCUCCCCAACGUGCCCCCCCUCACCCAGUGGUACAGAGACGGUAAUUCAUUCACAACUGCUGAUCCCGGGAGGCUGCGGAGAUGUCGUGGCGGAAGAAGUACCCGCCUGACGCUGCCCCACCUGUCCAAGAACGACGAGGACCUCUACACCCUCCGCAUCUUCACCAAAGAAGGCACCGCCGAGCACAGCGCCUACCUCUUCGUCUCAGAUGCCCCCCCCCCUGCGCCCGGCGCCCCCGGCGCCCCGGUUGGCGCGAAGGCGUUUGAUGUCAACGCCGACUACGUCCUGGUUGCCUGGAAACCGCCAAACGCCGUCAACGAGGCGGCGAUCAGCGGAUACUUCGUGGAUCGCUGCGAAGCCGGCAGCGACUCCUGGGUCCAGUGCAACGACGCCCCGGUGAAGGUGUGCAAAUACCCGGUGCACGGCCUGAAGGAGGGCCGCUCCUACCGCUUCCGCGUGCGAGCCGUGAACAGCGCCGGCGUCAGCAGGCCGUCCCGCGGGACGGAGCAGGUCACCGCCCUCGACCCCGCCGAGAGCGAGAGGCUGCAAGUGAUUAAGAUCGAGGGGAAGUACGACGUAGUGAUCAAGGCGGACGACCUGGAAGGCUACAUCACCAUCCCGGCGGCGCCCACCGACGUGCACGCCGCCGAGCUUUUUAAAUCAUACGUGGUGCUGAGCUGGACGCCGCCCAGCCCGCGGGGUCGAGCCCCGCUGUGGUACGUCGUGGAGAAGUGCUUAGCGGGCACUGCAGCUUGGCAGCGGAUCAACGCGGCGGUCGAGCUGCACUCGCCCCGCUACCCGGUUUUUGAUUUGCAAGAGGGGCAAAGGUACCGCUUCCGAGUGACCGCGGUCAACCGGUUCGGCUCCAGCGAGGCCUCGGAGCCCUCGGAGCCCGCCCAGAGGGGGGGCGAGGACGGCGUCCCCUCUGCUCCCGGUCAGGUGGUGGCCCCCAGGAACACCAAGUCCUCCGUGUUCGUGCAGUGGGACCCCCCGAGUCAUCCGAAGAACCUGGUGGGCUACUACAUCGACGGCGUCGCCGGGACCAAGGACUGGUUCCCCUGCAACCACAAACCCUUCAAGCAAUCCAGGUUCGUGGUGCACGGGCUCAUCCCAGGAGAAACCUACACGUUCCGCGUCCAGGCCGUCAACGUGUUCGGCCUCAGCGAGGAGUCUCAGGAGUCCUCUCCCAUCUCCGUGGAGCCGACCCUCUCGACUCCCAGCGCUCCGUUCGGCAUCACCAUGCUGAGCUGCGACGGCUCCUCCAUGACCUUGGCCUGGAAGAGCCCCGCCCACUGCGGGGGCUCCAAGAUCAACGCCUACUACAUCGACAAGAGGAACGCCGACACGCUGCUGUGGAACGAGGUCAACAUGACGGGGGUCACAGAGAGGCUCUGCAGCAUUGACAAUCUGACGGAGGGAGUCUUCUACGAGUUUAAGAUCCAGGCCGCUAACAUGGCCGGUGUCGGCGUUCCCAGUGCUCCCAGCGCUCCGAUGAAAUGUGAAGCGUGGACCAUGGACGAGCCAGGCCCGGCCUACGACCUGAGCUUCAGCGAGGUCAGAGGUCAGUCCCUGGUCAUCCUGUGGAAGGCUCCGGUCUACACCGGGGCCAGUGCAGUGACUGGAUACGUGGUGGAGAUGGCCAAGAAAGGCUCAUCGGAGUUUGCUACUCUGAACCAGGAGGCCGUGAGCCAUCGUUACCUGCAGGUGACUGGUCUGGAGGAAGGGGAAGCCUACGUCUUCAGAGUCCGGUCCAUCAACGCCAACGGGGUCGGGAAACCGUCCCAGGCGUCUGAGCCGGUCUGUGCCAAAGCUCUGCCAGGCACUCAGGAGCUGGUGGCCGGCGUGGACGAGGAGACCGGAGACAUCUUCCUGUCUCUGGAGGCCUGCGAGAUCUCUGAGACCUCCAAGUUCGUUUGGUCCAAGAACUACAGAGCCAUCGGCGACUGCCCGAGGGUCGCCGUCACCACCAAGGGCCGCACCUCCAGGCUGACUUUCACCAACCCGGACAAAGACGACCUGGGCCGGUACUCCGUGGUGGUCACGGACACGGACGGAGUCUCUGCCAGCCACACGCUGACUGAGGACGCCCUGAACACGAUGCUGGAGCUCAGCUACGCCAUCCAACACCCCGUCGUUCCUCUGAAACACGGCCUGAAUUACGAGGUUUUGGAGAAAGGUCACGUGCGUUUCUGGCUGCAGGCCGUCAAACUGUCGCCCUCUGUGUCCUACCGGGUCAUCGUCAACGACAAGGAGGUCCACAGCGGCGAGGGCAUCAAGAUCAGCCACGACGUGCCCUCGGGGGUCAUCCAGAUGACGCUGGAUCACUUCACCAGAGCCAACGAGGGAACCUACACGGUGCAGAUCCACGACGGCAAGGCCAAGACGCAGAGCUCCCUGGUGCUGGUGGGAGACGUGUUCAAAGCUGCUCUAAAGGAGGCCGAGUUUCAGAGGAAAGAGCACAUCAGGAAGCAAGGUCCACAUUUCUCUGAGUAUCUGUACUUCACCGUCUCUGAGGAUUGCACCGUCAUGCUCGCCUGCAAGGUGGCCAAUGUGAAGAAGGAGACGUCCUUCCACUGGUACAAAGAGGACGAUGAGAUUUUUCCAGAAACCCCAGUGAAUGUGAUGUCUGGAGCCGUCGCUCUGCCCGUCCCCAUGUUUUCCAGGAAGGAUCAAGGCGUCUUCAAGGCCGUGCUCAGUGACGACAGAGGGAAGGACACGUCUCUGUUUGACAUAUCAGGCAACGUGUUUGAUGACAUCAUCAAUGCCAUCGCCAAGAUUGCUGGCGCCUCGGCCUCUGAGCUGGUGCUGCAGUGCACUCCGGAGGGCAUCAGGCUGCAGUGCUACAUGAGCUACUACACAGAGGAGAUGAAGACCGUCUGGAAACACAAGGAGAGUAAGAUCGCCUCCUCGGAGAAGAUGCGGAUCGGAGGCACGGCGGAGAUGGCCUGGAUGCAGAUCUGCGAUCCCUCCGACAAGGAGAAGGGCAGCUACUCCAUCGAGAUCUCAGACGGCGUGCAGACCCACACCAGAGCCUUCGACCUCUCCGGACAAGCAUACACCGACGCCUAUGAAGAGUACCUGAGACUUAAGGCAGCCGCAUUUGCUGAGAAGAAUCGUGGCAGAGUGGUCGGCGGCCUUCCUGACGUGGUCACUAUCAUGGAGGAGAAGUCUCUCAGCCUGACCUGCACCGUGUUCGGCGAGCCGACCCCCGAGGUGUCCUGGUUUAAGAACGAGCAGGAGGUCGCCUGUAACGAGCACACCAAGGUCACCUUCGAGGGCGGCAAGUUCGCCAGCCUGUUGAUCAACAAGGUCACCCCCGACGACUCUGGAAAAUACAGCAUCAACGUGCGCAACAAGUACGGCGGCGAGUUCGUGGAGAUCACCGUCAGCGUGUACCGGCAGGGCGAGAAGCUGCCCGAGCCCAAGCUGGGGCAGCCCAAAGCCCCCGCUGCCCCCGCCGCCGCCGCCACCGCCACAUCCCCGCCGCCCAGGUCCCCGGCAACGCCCUCCAAGACCCCGACCCCCGCCCCUUCUCGGAUGUCCAUGAAGAGCCCGACUCCGGCCUCCACCCCGGUGCCCAAAUCCCCCACCCCGACUCCCAGGUCCCCGGCCCCAAAGUCUCCGACCCCGACUCCGUCUCGUGGCGUCAAGUCGCCCACCCCGCCCAGAUUCAUGAAGUCCCCGACCCCGCCGAGGAAGUAGGCGAUGGCGGUGAAAGGGGAGGGUUCCGAGUAGUAGCAUGAGUGUGAAACCAGAAGGUGUUAAAGUUUAAGUAGACGUAGCAACUGUCAUAAGUCCCACAUCUGGAACCUCUGGAGAUUCUUGGGAUUAACAUCAAUCAACUGAAACAGUCAGCGAAAAAUGUUUAUGUUGAGUGUUUUAAAAGCUGCACUUUGCGACGCCGGUCUAAAGGAUAACUCCUGUUAAUUACACAUUUUUAAUUCCUAUCAGUGACAUCACUACGACGGAGUCAGACGCCGAACAAAAACCUCUGAGUUUAGACCAACUGAUUUGGAAAUGAAAGUCUCGAGUGUCUCGAACACCAACGACAUCCCCGUCUCCGGUGAUUACAGUUUACCUGGUGGGAACAAAUUGUAGAAACAAUGACCAAAGCUCCGGAUAUGAGAUGAAAGUUGUAACUAACAGGAAAGACCUUUUGGGGUGACUGAUACCAGGUACCAGAUUUAGCUCUCGCUCCGGGUUGGUGAUGUUUUCAUCACCUGGAAUAAAACAAUAUCCACUUCCUGCCCUGUUCUCUGUGCCAGUCUGUGACAUGUUGCCCCCCCACUGUGCUUUGUGAUAGCAAUAAACUCUCGACCUCCUUCCGA